UCCUCUAAAAAGACACGCCCCCUCCCCUGGAGGCUCCGCCCCCCCGCCGGUCCCCCCUCGCCCCGGUCCCGCCGCAGCCGGCGGCGAUCGCAGCCGGGGCCGCAGCCGCCGGCGGGGGGGGGGGGUCCGGGUCCGGGUCCGGGUCCGGGUCCGGGAUCGGGAUCGGGAUCGGGAUCCGGGUCCCGGCCGAUGCCCGAGGCCGUCGUCGCCCCCCCGGCGUCGGUCGGCAUGGCGGGGCGGUGCGCGGCGUUGCUGGUGGCCGUGUUGGGAGCGGGGGCGGCGGGGCUCAGCCUGGAACCGGUGGUCUGGCACACGGGGAACCGCCGGUUCCUGGCGGCGGGGGGCUACGUCCUGUACCCCCAAAUCGGCGACCGCCUGGACCUGGUGUGCCCGGCGCGGGGGGCGCCGGGGGGGGGUUACGAGUACUACAAGCUUUACCUGGUGGGGGGGGCGCAGGCGCGACGCUGCCAGGUGCCCCCCGCCCCCACCCUCCUCCUCACCUGCGACCGCCCCCAGCGCGACGUCCGCUUCACCAUCAAGUUCCAGGAGUUCAGCCCCAACCUCUGGGGUCACGAGUUCCGGCGCCUCCACGACUAUUACAUCAUCACCACCUCGGACGGGACCCCCGAGGGGUUGGAGAACCGCCAGGGCGGGGCCUGCCUCACCCGCGCCAUGAGGGUCACCCUGCGCGUCGGACAGCGACCCCGGGUCGGCGACGGAGCAGGAGGGGGCAGGCCCAGCCAAUCAGACGAGCCCCCCCCCCGGGUCCCGGCCCGCCCCCUCCGCGGGGGCGGGCGGUGGCGGGGGGGGCGGGGGGAGGGGCGGCGGCGCUGCUGGCCUUGGCGGGGGCCGGGGGGGCUUUGUGGUGGCGGCGGCGUCCUCGACGGCCCCCCAAAACCCCCCGGGGGCCGCCCCGCCCCCGCCCCGCCUGCCCCGCCCCCGCCUGCCCCCUCCGCGACCUGCCCCCCCCCGCCGCCCCCCCCGCCUACUACAAGGUAUGAGGGGGGGGGGAGGGGAGGACGAGGGGGGUGGCCAACACUGGGGAGACUCCCCCCUACCCCAACCCCACGGAGGCUCCGCCCCCUCGGGAAUGGGGGGAUCCCCAAAAAUGGGGGGAUUCACCCCAAAACGGUGGUCGUGCACAGACACCCCCCCCCCCAGGAGCCUCCAGGCCAGGCGGGAAGGGGUUAAUCCCGGAUGCUGGUGGGGCGGGGCCUAUCCCGGGGGGGGCGGGGCUUACCUAGAGGGUGUGGCCUAACUAGGGGGCGGGUCCUAGUGUAGAGUGGGCGGCCUAUCCUGGGGGUGUGUGGUGUUGCCUAGGAGGCGUGGCCUAGCCAGGGGUGUGGCCUGAUGAAAGGGGGCGUGGUCUCGCCUGGGGGCGGGGUUUCACCCCAGUGUGGGCGUGGUUUACCCCAGGGGAAAAGCUUGAGCCUGGGUGGGCGGAGCUUCCCCAGCUUUGAGGCGUCACCCCUGGGGAGCGGGCGGGUCUUGGUGCUCUCUGAGCCCCUUUGAUUGGCUGUGGGGAAGCCCCGCCCACGUGACGGAAGGCGGGGCUUCCUCAGCCACGCCCCCCGAGGGCAGCAGGGGAGGGGCUUUCUUGCAGUAGCCGUGCUGCAAAAUGGCCGCCGCCUCCGGGAGGGACCCAGGCGUCCGGGGACAGGAAGUGACGUAACGCUGCGGAUGGGACUUCCUGUGGUGGAGGGCGCCGUCGAGGUGGGACUUCCUGUCGGGGCAGGAAGAGGCGGGACUUCCUGUUUGGGGCCUGGAGAGGCGGAACUUCCUGUUUUGGGGGCCUGGAGAGGCGGGGCUUCCUGUGUGGGCCGGAAGCAGUGCCCAGGACUUCCUGCGCAGGCCGGGGAAGAGGCGGGACUUCCUUUUUGGUCCUAGAGCCACCAGCCGGGACUUCCGGUGUGACGCUGCUGGGGGCGGGGCUUCCUCGUCCGGGAGUGGCGGGGCUUGGCGGCACUUCCUGUCCGACCUGUGGUGAUUAUAGAGAGUUCUUGUGCA